CCGCGAAAAUGUUGCCUAGAGAGCUUGUGCAUUACAAGGCCACCCUUCUGCAUCACCGCCAAGCAUCGGAGCAUUAGUUCUCUACACUCGCGCGAGUCAUGGCAUCCCUGCAACACCUCCUCCUCACGAUCGCGCUUUCCAACGUCGUCUCUUCCUCACCGCAAUAUACGUUCGUCAAUCCCGACCCUUCAGGGACCCUGUACACAAGGCCCUCAGAUUUCAACCCCGUCGCUGUGCCCAAUGUGAGCACUGCUGGAGAAGCUGUUCUGGCCAGUUUUGUCAGCUACUCGAUUGAGUUUGCUUUCUUCCCGGAUUUCGCGGGAAAUAAGAGUGCGCCGAAUGACUUCUCGGAUAAUUUGCUCGAGAAUUUGAAGGGGUUUCAGGGGAGUAAGCCGGAUAUUAGGGUUGGAGGGAAUACGCAGGACUAUGCGCUGUUUAAUGAGAGUCUGAAGACUGCGACAUAUGGCGUCUACACCAACGUCUCCAGCGACUACCCACGUAUCCUCACCAUCGGCCCCUCGUACUUCGAAUCAUACGAAACAUGGCCCGACGUCAAAUUCACGCACGGCUUCAACCUCGCCAAAAAUGAUACUACCGCUGCAGCCAGCAUCAACAACUCCGUACCAUAUGCCUGCAAGGCGCUAAGUAGCGGGAACUUCUGGUACUGGGAGAUGGGAAAUGAGCCGGAUUUGUUUAAGACGAGUGCGCAGGGAAUUAUGAGGCCGAGCAGUUGGAACGAGAGCGAUUAUGUGGCCGAAUGGGAGCAGAAGGUGGGGUGGGUGAGGGGUGUGCUAGGUAGCAGUUGUGGGGAGGAGUGGACGAGUGAGGAGAGGUUCAAGUGGAUGGCGCCGAGUUUUGCAGGGACGAAUAAUAGUUUGAAAACGCUUAAGACGUGGGACGUGGGGUUGAAAAAUGACGAAGGAAUUAUCGGGAGGUUUUCGUCGCAUAACUACAUCGGCGGCGCCACCCAACCCGGUGUGACCCUCCGAGGAACGCUCAUGAACCACACAAAGACAGUAUCCAGCAUCGCCGCGCACAACGCCGAGCAAGCUGCCCUCACCGCCGCCGGCAUGUCCCUCGACUACAUUCUUGGCGAAACCAACUCGCUCUACAACCAAGGCGCCCCCGGCCUCUCCAACUCCUUCGGUGCUGCUCUCUGGGGCAUCGAUUUCAACCUCAUGUGCGCAGCGACCAACAUCAAGCAAGUCUUCAUGCACCAAGGCACGGACUAUAGGUACGCCAGCUGGCAGCCAGUCGACACAAACAAGACCAGCAAAGGAACGAAGGCGCCGUAUUACGGCAAUGUAGCCGUGGCCGCGGCGUUGGGCGAUAUCACUACGAGCUCUGUGAGAGUCGCCAACAUACCCCUCGCGAACGAAACGUCCGCUGCGUACGCCAUCUACGCCAACAGCACGCUCGCUCGCCUCAUGCUCAUCAACAUGAACCAGUACAACUACAGCGUGCCCUCGCCGUCCGCACGUUCUAGCACCGCGUACAACUUCACCCUGCCAAGCUCCUGUGCGGGGACGGGUGUCGUGCAGAGACUCAUGGCGAAUGGGAGCGACGCGAUUACGGGGAUCACGUUUAACGGCCUGAGUUAUAACUAUGAGGUGGAUAACGGGAGACCGAAGCUGUUGGGGAAUGCGACGAAGGAUGAGACGGUGUUUGUAGGGGGCGAUGGGGGUGUGAGUGUCAGCGUGCCGGAUAGUAGUGCGACGCUGGUGCAGCUGAGGUGCUGA